AUGAGUGCAUCAACCCAUCUUGAGUGCUUCAACCAGGACCUGCCUGGUCUCAAAAAGGGUGACGUGCGAUACAGGAGUGUCGGUGCCUCCGGUACCACGACCAAGAAUACCGUCUCACCUAAGAGAUUCCAUAACAUGCUGGUCAAGGACCUCGAAAACUUAGCGGACGAGUAUCUCCCCAAGUAUAAGAACAGCCCAGAACUCCAGCGCCGAAUCACGACAACCUUCCCAUGCCUCCCGCUCGACAGCGAGAACGACGUCGUCUCCACUUCAUGGACGUACCUAAUACUGCCAAUUAUGGAGGUACUUAGAAUGCAAUUUCAAGACAACAUCACCUUGAAGACCGAGGUAACGGAUAAGACAAAAGUCAAGGUCGACAAGAUUGUGGACGAACAUGACCACCAGAAAGUAGUAGACACAGCGAUACGGUACGACCUUGUCUUCCAGGGAACCACAACGUCCCCAACCAAGACUAUUGCGGUGAUUGAAUACAAACGCCGAAGGAUGCUUCGCUACACAGAUUUCGGAGAUGCUAUACUGCCCUAUAACGCUACAAACAAGCAAUACACCGACAUGAAGAACUCCCACAACCGCAAGGUGAUGCUUGGAUGGAUGCUCAACGCGUUGAACGAAGCCAAGAUACAGUAA